CAACUUGGGGCGAAGUUUGGCAGCGCCUCCCUUGGCCCCCACGUGGCGCGCCGGGGCCGCGGAGCGCGGCAGCGGCCCCCGGGGAUGCGCCCUCCCGGCCGGCGCGGGCUCCCCACGGCGCCCCCGCUGCUCCUGCUGCUGCCGCUGCUAGUGCCGCUGCUGGGGGCGCCGCGCGCCGUGGACGCGGGGACGGGCUCGCCGGCCGAGCUGCGGGUGCGCGUGCGGCUGCCCGACGGCCAGGUGACCGAGGAGAGCCUGCAGGCGGACAGCGACGCCGACAGCGUCAGCCUCGAGCUGCGCAGGCCCGACGGUACCCUGGUCUCCUUCACCGCCGACUUUAAGAAGGAUGUGAAGAUCUUCCGGGCCCUGAUCCUGGGGGAGCUGGAGAAGGGGCAGAGCCAGUUCCAGGCCCUCUGCUUUGUUACCCGGCUGCACCACAGUGAGAUCAUCCCCAGCGAGGCCAUGGCCAAGCUUCGGCAGAAAAACCCCCGGGCUGUGCGGCAGGCUGAGGAGGUGCGGGCCCUGGAGCACCUGCACAUGGACAUGGCCGUCAACUUCAGCCAGGGGAGCCUGCUGAGCCUGCACCUCCGUAACGUGUGUGCUGAGGCCGUGGACGCCAUCUACACCCGCCAGGAGGACGUGCAGUUCUGGCUGGAGCACGGUGUGGACAGCUCUGUGUUCGAGGCUCUGCCCAAGGCUUCAGAGCAGGCGGAGCUGCCGCGCUGUGGGCAGGUGGGGGACCGCGGGAAGCCCUGUGUCUGCCGCUACGGCCUGAGCCUGGCCUGGUAUCCCUGCAUGCUCAAGUACUGCCACAGCCGCGACCGGCCCGCGCCCUACAAAUGCGGUAUCCGCAGCUGCCAAAAGGGCUACAGCUUCGACUUCUACGUGCCCCAGAGGCAGCUGUGUCUCUGGGAUGAGGACCCCUAGCCAGGCCCAGGAGAUGGAGUGGGCCCCUAGGUGGCUGCUCAGAGCCUACUGCUUCUCCCCCAGACACUGAGGCCUUAUUUCCCUUCCCAUCGUCCUCUUCCACACCACUAAUCCCGGAGCCUCUGGUCCAUCAGUCAUGACUGUGAAAAGGGGAGUGGCAUGGCAGGGGUUAACCCAUGAAGGCUGCCCCGCUCCCACCCCUAAGCCUUCCCUGGGGGCAGAGAGGGAGAAGGGGGUUUCGCAGGCAUGCACCCCCCCUCCCUUUCAUCUCCCCUGAAGUGUUCACUUCCAAGCAACCCAGAUGUGAUGGCCUAUUGCUGUUACUUAACUCUAAUGGCUUAGAGCCUGAAAGGAGCCUAUGCCUGCUAUACACAACUCCUCUACCCCCCAGCACCCUUCUGGAAGGAGGGAGCCCCUCUGUACCUUUCUGCUCCCCAACAGUGAGGGGAUCAUCACACCCAGAGAGGGGCCUAUUGGGGGCAGCUGUCACAGCCUGUAUACCAGAUUCAAAGCAUUCUUCUCAUUGCUGGCCUCUGAGGCUGCUGUGCGGCGGGGUGGAGACCGCCCACCCUGAGACAGACCACGUGUGCCUUUUCCCCAGACCUGGACCUCGACGUUGCCACCAGAGCCAACGCCAGCUCUUUCCCCCCUAAACAGAAAUAUUUUUGUAGGGUUCUGGGGUGGGGAGGGGAGCAUGAAGUGUGAGGAAAACUUGAAUUCCAGAUUUUUAAUGCAAAGUAUUUAUCAUUUGUACCAGAAAUAAAAGUUUAAGUUUUUACUUGAUUGACAGCACUAGGCCAGAGGGAGCAUUUCUGGCCAAUGCUGCCACCUGGUGUCAGGAGAGGUGUUCCCUGUACUCCGAGCACCUCCACUUGCAACAGCUUCUAAAGCGCCUACUGUGUGCUCAGCCAUUGGAGGGGGCGAGAGGGUGGGAGUGUCACCAGGGAAUGGUGCAACAGAAGUUGCCCUGGAGAAGAUGAGACGUUCAUAGAUGAAACCACAGCAAGCAAGUCAGUGAUAAACAGCGUCAGGGCCAGAGAUGAGGCUAAGACUGGAGAACCAGACUCCCAGGGUUCAAAUCCCAGCCCUGCCACUUACUGUACCUCUCUGUGUGCCUCACUACAAAACACUUACUUGUGAGUGUUAAGCAACGUCAUACAUGUCAGUUGCCUAGCACGUAGGGCGCACUGUGUUAGCUGUUAUUAUUGGUAACUGUUAGUGAAAAGACCAGACAUUUCCUCAUCUCUAAACCUGAGGCAGCUAAGUCAGACAUCUUGAGGCCUCUUCACUAGUCACCUGUCGGGAUCAGGGACUGGAAGUGCUGGGCAGGUGCUAGAGGAGUCCUUGAAGGAGGGCUGUGUAUGCUGCCUGUGCUGGGCAAGGUCUCCUGGAGGAGACGUACCUGGGCUGAGGUUGCAGGAUGAGAAGAAUUUGGCAAGUGGAGGGGACUGUGAGCACAGGGUGCAGGCAGGAGUGCUUCAGUCACUGGGAAAGUUCCAUGAGUCCUGCCGGGGCCCAGCUCCUUAGGUGGGGGGAGACGAGGAGAGUUAAGGCCUUGGAGAGGGAAGGAGCUUGCAGGGCAGGCCCUUUGUUCAGCUCCCCAGCACCCCGAGAAUAGGCUGCUGCUGCCUUUGAGCCCUGUGAAGGCCAGAGGGUUGUGGUGAGAGCCCGGCUUGUUGGCCAUGAUCAAGUUGGGGGGUCAGUGGGGACACACCUGUUUCAGGUGGGCAAGCUUUCUUUCUGAAUCUGUUUCUAAGCACCAGCCUCAGCUCUGCCCGGGGCCGAGGGAGGGAGGUAGUCACUCGCCUGACUUUUCCCUCCUUCCCCUCCUGCCCAGCCCUGGGCCUCAGUCCUGAGCCCAAACAGCCCUAAUUGCUGCUCCAGGUUGGGGGAGGAUUACCUGGAGAAGGUGCUUCCCACCAUAUGCCUGUGUCUGUUGCUGGGGGUGAGAGCCCCACACCCAUACAUUUUCCUGACUGACUUCCAAAUAACCAAAAAUAAUGCUUUAGUAAAGCUAAUGUUCUCCAGA